AUGGACGAUUCAUGGAGGCUGAGGAUGGGAAUGCCUGCAGCGCCACCGCUGCAAGCGACGGCUCGUCAUAUCCCUGGCAACCUUCACCGGCGAUCGGCGGUGGAGAGCCCCAAACCUCCUUCCGAUGACGCUAAUUUGGACGCCGAAGACUUCAGUGAUGUGUUCGGUGGGCCUCCUAGAACGAUUCUUUCCCGCCAGUUCUCCACCGGCUUCCCAAGGUCAUCGUACUCCUCCGCGAGUUUCUCUUACGAGGAGAUUUUCCUGCCUGCGGAGAAGGCGCCGCCGCCGCAACCUGUGAGGAGGAACGGACGAAGCUUGCCGCAGUUCAGGAUUCCUGUGCAGAUGAGCGACAGAUAUCAGGACAAACGUGAGAAUACUGGUUUUUAUAGCGAUAUCUUUGGGUGGGAGGAUGAAGCGGUGGUGAGGUCGAGAUCCAGGUCAAAGACAAAUUCGUCGUCUAUUUUGAGUCCGGAUGAUCUCAGUCCUCUCCGACCAGCGGUUUCCGGUGAUGGCGGCGAUGAUUUUGCCUUUUUGGCCUCACAACUCAGGCCAAUAAAUGUCAAGUCAAGGUGUACUUCAAGAAGAAAGGGGCAUGAAGAUUACCAAACCCAACAGGACGUGCAUAACUUUGCAGGGAAUCAAUCCAUUGGCAGCACUGAUAAUGAUUGCGGUGAGAAAUCAAGAAGCUGCACUUUUCGAGUAAAUCCACGGAAUCGAUCUCCAGAGACAAUUAGUCUGGAACCUGUAUCAAAUGGCAGUUUUGGAGUGUCUGCAGAUGAUUUAGAGCACAACUCACCAAUAUCACCUGCAGUUUCUACAGUUAGUGAAGGGGACAGGGAGCAUGGGUUACACACAAUUGAGGAGCAGAAAUUGAAACAAUAUGCAGUUGAACUAGAUGAAAAUGAAGUGAUGAGCUCUUAUGUGAUUGAAAUUAAUUCUCAUAACAGGGAAGGGACAUGUGAAUCAAAUGGGGUUGAUGAAGCAAUUGCUUGGGCGAAAGAGAAGUUUCAAACGCACUGUCCUGUGCAAGAAUGUGAGAGAGAAAAACUCCCAGAAGAAAUGUUGAAGGGACAUCACAAUUCUGCAGUGCACACUGAUAGUUUAUGCUCUUUGGUAUUUAUUCAUCAACAAGUUUUUAUAGAUGUUGGAUUUCUAGAUUGUUUUGGAUCAACAGAUGAUGUCUUACAUGUGAACCUCUCCUUGUGA